AUGCAUUUCGCUUAUUCGUUUUCUACUUUGUCUACUUGGACAAUUUUAAUCGCAUUGGCAUGUCUUGUGUUUCAUGCGUCUCUGUCCGAUGCUCAACUUACACCUACCUUUUACGACACUUCAUGUCCAAACGUCACUAACAUCGUACGAGACACCAUUGUCAACGAGCUAAGAUCGGACCCUCGUAUUGCUGCGAGCAUCCUUCGUCUUCACUUCCACGAUUGCUUUGUCAAUGGUUGUGACGCAUCGAUCUUGCUAGACAACUCAACAUCAUUCCGAACAGAGAAAGAUGCAGGUGGAGAAGCAAACUCGGCUAGAGGAUUUCCUGUGAUUGACACAAUGAAAGCCGCAGUGGAGAGGGCUUGCCCGAGAACCGUUUCAUGCGCAGAUAUGCUCACCAUCGCUGCUCAACAAUCUGUCACCUUGGCAGGAGGUCCUUCUUGGAGAGUUUCUUUGGGGAGAAGAGACAGCUUACAAGCAUUUUUCGAACUAGCUAAUGUAAGUCUUCCACCUCCAUUCCUCACACUUCCUCAACUCAAAGCCAUGUUUAUUAAAGUUGGCCUCGACCGUCCUUGCUCUCUCCGCGAGUUUAUUAUUAAACAUGUGGUCAUUCUUUUGUCAGGGGGUCACACAUUUGGCAAAAGUCAGUGCCUGUACAUUAAGGAUAGACUAUACAAUUUCAACAAAACUGGUUUACCUGAUCCUACUCUCAACACUACUUACCUCCAAACUCUUCGUGGACUAUGUCCCCUUAAUGGCAAUCUAAAGGCCUUGGUAGAUUUGGAUCAGCAUACCCCAACAGUUUUCGACAACAAAUACUAUGUGAAUCUCAAAGAACAGAACGGUCUUAUCCAGACCGACCAAGAGUUGUUCUCUAGCCCCAACGCCACUGACACAAUCCCGUUGGUGAGAGCAUAUGCUGAUGACACACAAACAUUCUUCGAUGCGUUUGUGGAGGCCAUGAAUAGGAUGGGAAACAUUACACCACUUACGGGAACUCAGGGAGAGAUCAGGUUGAAUUGUAGGGUGGUGAAUUCCAACUCUCAACUCCAUGAUAUGAUUGAAAUCGUUGAUUUCGUUAGCUCUAUGUGAGAAUAGUGACUCAGUAUUUGGCUAUCGAAUAUAUAUGUUACAAUAAAUAAAGCGCCUCAUGAUGUUACUUGGAACAAUGUAUCUCGAGCUGUAUUCGAAGAUCUUCUCAGUGAUUUGUUUUCUAAUUUAAUGAUGUGUUAU